AUGAGCACUCCGUCCGUCGUUUCAAGUCCAUCCAAAUCCAACAAUGGAUCCAAAACUGCAACUUCCUCCAAUUCUCAAUCCACCACGAAACGACUUCAAACCGAAUUGAUGAAUCUCAUGAUGUCCAAAACUGCUGGUGUUUCUGCCUUUCCCGAUGAAGGAAACAUGUUCAAAUGGACGGGUACUUUGAAAGGUUGUGAAGGAACUCCCUAUGAAGGACAAACGUAUAAACUCUCUCUCAGUUUUUCCAAUGAUUAUCCUUUCAAGGUUCCAGUCGUGAGAUUUGUCACUCCAAUUUAUCAUCCCAAUGUCGAUCAAUAUGGAAAUAUUUGUUUGGAUAUUUUGAAGGAUAAGUGGUCUGCUACGUAUAAUGCUAGAACGGUUUUGCUCUCCAUUCAAAGUUUGAUGGGUGAUCCAAAUAUUGAUGAUCCAUUGAAUGGUGAAGCAGCUGCUGUGUAUAGUGAUCCAGUGGAGUUCAAACGAUUGGUGGAUUUGACCUAUCAGAAGAGACAACAACAAUAA